AUGCGUAUCCACAACGCUGCCCUCUCCGCUCUUGCCGCCGUACUCGGUACAUCCGCCGUGACGACCGUCAUUCCGUCAAACUCUUUCUCGAGCAUCUCGACUCUCGAGCAGUACUGGAACUACCUCUACCCAUGGGGUUCAGACCACAACGGCUCUGGGCGCAUGGUCGGCAGCUCCAGCGACCACUCGCACAUCAACGCCGCCAGCAACACCCUAACGCUCAUAGCCACACCCACCUCCAACGCGAGCCCGCCGACAAGCACAGCUGACCCCCACCCUGCAAUCCACUACGCCAGUGGUACCGUGUACGCCAAGUCGCAGAUCACCGUCACGAAGACUGUCAGUUAUACUGUGUACGGAGAGUUCUCGGCGCCGACGGCUGUUGGGACGUGGCCCGCGUUCUGGUUGACGGCUGUGAGUGGAUGGCCGCCCGAGGUUGAUGUUGGUGAAUGGAAGGGUACCGCCAAUAGCUGGUACAAUACGUUCAACACCAGUUCCGUCGUUCGCUCUGAUCUCGUGGCGUGGCCCACCGAUCUCUCUUUCCACUCGCUGCAGGCAGUCCUCACUGCCGAGUCUGACGGGACCACCGUGAAGAUCGACUUCUCCAUGGACGGUGUACACAAGGCAACACAGUACGGUUCUGGGUUCGUCGGAAAGGCGCUCUGGUUGAUCCUCGACCUGCAGAUGGAGGGCAGCUCCGGAUCGCCAGGUCCGACAGGCACUACGACCUACAAGAUUCGCAAUCUCAGCGUCACGCACACUUGA